UAUUUUGUUUUCUUUUUUUUUUUGCUAUCUCUUUCUUAAUGGCGCCUUAACUUCUUAAUGGCGCAUUUUUAAGUUGUGGAGAUAUUUAGAUUUUUACUUUAGAGCGGCAAAACCUAAAAAUUAAGUGGAAACCGGGAAAAUCCCUUAAAACAUGGUAAGAAUAUUAAGAAAUAUCCUAAAAUUUAACUAGUAUAUAAAGGAAGUAAUAUUAGUUACCUCGUCUCACGUUAAACCUAAGAACCUAAACUACAUCUUAGACUGAAUCAAAGCCGUCGAGGUCUCAGAUCUCUUUGGUUUUCUUUUUUUCUUUGCAGUUAAUCGUUUGUUUUUGUUUAUUGUUUGUUAUGUCAUGAUCUAAUACUUUUGAGCUGCAUCUUUUUCUAUGAUUUAUUCUGUACUAUUAUAGAUGCGUCCACCAAUGAUGAUAGGCGGUCGCUUGUUUGGAAGAUCAUCUCUUGAAUCUGUUGGUCUCCAAAGACAGAGGGAAGGAGUUGCUGCAAAUGCCCAACCACGUGAACAAAGGGAAGAAUUUGUACCUGUUGAACGAGAUUCUCGAGUGCUUCAUCCAUCUAGAAAGAAUGGAGCUAAAUGGUUCAAGAACAACACUGAAAUAUCAACACGUGUAAGGAAAAUCAUUGAAGGAUUUUUUAAAGGACCAUGGUACAGCUGGAGAAAGGUACCCCAGUUUUACAAGGAUGCUUGGUAUUCAACGUUUAAGACUAAGUAUGAGUGGAAUGUUGCCAUCGAAGAUCUAGUGAAAGCUAACAUUGAUGAACUAGCUGCCACUCGCCUCAAAGGAAUGGUGAGCCUUGCAAAAUCCAAAGGAGUGAAACCUGAUUGGAUUCUUUCAGAAGAUUGGAGAGUAAUGUCUGAUUACUGGAAGACACCAAAAGCCAAAGAAAAAAGUGAGAAAGCUCGUCUGGCUCGUAUGUUUAACCGUGAUGGUUUGGGUCCACACAGCCACAGAUCAGGCUCACAUUCCUAUGCUAAAGUUCAAGAUAAUCUGGUGGCAAACAACGAAGACUCUUCCUUCAUUGCUGUGAUGAAGAAAACCCACUAGAAAUCUGAUGGAACAUAUGUUGAUGAAAGAGCACGCUUAGUUGCAGAAAAAUAUGAUGCAUAUGUGCAAGAAAGAUUGUCACUGGUUGAGCCUUCUAAUGGUGAGGUUUUGACAGAGCCUCUUACUGUCGAGGAAAGAAAUGAAAUCUAUGUGAAGGUUGCUGGAAUAUCAAAACAAGGUCGGGUGUUUGGACUUGGAUCACUACAGUGUGGAGUUUAUAUGCCACUAGAUGGUUCCUCAGUUUCACCACAAGCUGUUGAAGAUGAUGGUACUUUAACUCACCGAGUCAAAGAUCUGGAGUCAGACUUGCAAAAGAGUAAUGAAGAAAAGGUUCAGUUUCAGAAUAGGAUUGAAGCAAUGGAAAAAAUAUUGAUGUCUGCGUUUGGUGAAAAUGUGUUAGACUCCAACAGAUACUACCACACCCGCAUGAAGUGGUUUCUCAGUUUGGUGUUUUAGCUUGGUGUUUCUAGUUUGGUUUUCAUUUGGUUUUCGUUAGUUUCGUUAGUUUACUAAGCAGUUUCAGUUUACUUCUUAAAUGAAUUGUUGUUUUAUUCUUACAUUUAAUAUUUAAAUAAAAUCCAAGCAGUUUUAUGAGAAA